AUGGAACCACAGGAUGGAGCGGUUCAUAGCCAAGCAGCGGCUACCGAUAGACAGGCAUCCAAGACACCCAGGGGUGCUAUUCGCCUAACACAGGAAGACGUUGUACUUAACGACGAGGCCAAGGGAAAUUCCGACCUGCGUGUGGACAGGGAGCAGUUCAUUACUAGUGAACAGGUAGCUAGUGAUGGACUGCCUUCCCGUUCGUCUUCGGGUAUCUCUGGAGCCUCAUCUUCCGGUAUCGAGCAAUCACGCCUACCACCUCACAAGCGCAGGCGUGACCGCCGUCGUUCCAACAACAAGGGCACGGCGCGGGGCCAGUCGUCGACACAGAAGCUAACCGAGCGUAUGGCCCAACAGCAGUCGCUCUUAGAUAGAGAGUACGCAAACGAAGCAUCGACUAGUCCUCACAAACGGGAGCGUAUGGCACAAGGUAGGGAGGAAAAUCCCACGUUUCGGAUCCAAGGCCGUUCACAACAACACCAUGGCCUCGGGUACGAAUCACCUGGGUCAGAAGGUCAACUCUCCGAGGAGGAAGAUACCUUGUCGUCUCUAGAGAAGGCUCCGUCAUUCCAAGAAUCCGCACGUGAGCAAGGGUUGGCCAAGCAAAACCCGCAUGGGAAGGAAGCGCUCAAGAAUAGGCAAGACCAGAUGAGCACGACCUAUCGCCAACAUCAACAGCGACAGUCGUUCGAGAGGGAAGCCGUCAGUGAGCAUGUACAGACACCCAAGCGAACGGAGACAACGUCGCUCACACCUCCACCCCCACCGGCGAGUAUUGAGAAGAGUCGAAAGAGGUUACAUGCACGUAUACUACACCUGAGCGAUGAGUUAUGCCAUGCAAUAGAGGAUAAUAAUACGACUCGAGCUGAAGCCCUUAGGGGUGCGAUUGAAACACUUCGAGCCACGCUAGAGUCCCGUCCAGUGGAAAAGCGUCCGGUACUAUUACCACGUACAUGGCCCGACUGGCCCUCGAAUAGAUACCACCUCCAUGACAUCAUGGAACGGGAUACGAGAGGGGCACUACUGGAGGCUUUUAAGAACGCGCAGAUCGCAGGGUUAGAUGAGAGUUGGAGCCUUACAUGGUUCCACAAGGUAUUAUCUUACUUUAAGGCUGAGAAGUCAACAUUGGAUUACAUACGUGACAAUUCUGAACGAUUGAAGAUGUGUACGCCACAACACUUCGGGCCGAACAAUAUAGACGAAUUUGCGGACCCGUCUAGCGCUUAUCUUCCUCGAUUUUGGACUAAAGACGAUGGGGAAGGGGCGUUUGCCCACGACUGGUCGACAGUCGAUGAAUGGAUGAACCCUCCAUGA